CGCCGAGGCGCGGGCGGGAGCGGCGGGAUGUCGGGCCCCAACGGAGACCCGCACGUGCUGGGCGGCGGCACCGGCGGCGACGGCGGCGACGGCGGCGACACCUUCGAGGAGGAAGAAUAUGCAGCAAUAAACUCCAUGCUGGACCAGAUCAACUCCUGCUUGGAUCACCUGGAGGAGAAGAAUGAUCACCUACACAUCUGCUUGAAGGAACUGCUGGAGUCCAACCGCCAGACCCGGCUGGAGUUCCAGCAGCAGAGCAAGCAGCUGAACACAGGAGCUGAUGUGCAGGGAUCCCAGCCUCCUGCCUAGUCUGACCACACACUCUCAGCUGGUGUUGCUAAGGGGACAGUUACUGGCCACCGAUUUGAUGUAAAACUUGAAUAGCAGAGGUGCCUCGUGUCUGUUACUUGUUCCUUUCUGUGUUUGUAUCCUGCCAUUCAUCUCCAUGUUCUGUUUUCCUUUAGCUGUGAGACAGGUGCAGAAGCACAAGGGUAGGUGUAGAAGAGCUGGUUCUUUCUGCUCCCCAACACGAGCCUGGCACUCACACUUGUUUAAAGCUGGUUGUAGGAAACCUGAGGCCAUGCAGGAAGUUUGCAGGCAAGCCCUCUUCACAAAGUGGAAAAAUUAUCUCUGCUCUCCUUUCCUUAAAUCCAAGAAAGGAGUAUUAUGGCUCUACCUCCUUCCCUCAGAAAGCACAGCAAGGGCUGUCCUGAUUUCAGGCUUGUCCCUAAGUGUAACUCUGGUGACAGCCCUGGAGAGGGAGGACCUAGGCCAGCUGCUGCCUUGAAGCUACAGCUGCUCCCUUAGUCAUGUUAACUGUGAUAUAUGAAAUAUUGGCACAUGGUUCCAGAUCACUGGACACUUCCACUCAUUCCAAGCAGAUAAGACAAGCUACCAGGGUGAUGUUUCCAUUGAUGUGACCAUUGUAACUGGGAGCUGCCCCACUCCUUCAGCUGCCAUUAAGGACUGAGAUGUGGAGAGAGGCAGAACAGCCUGGUUAGCCCUCACCACAGCAUCAGCAGUAGAGAGCAGAGCACUCCCUGUACCUUCUGACAAAGAACAAGAGGUCUGGUCUGUACAUUGUGAUCUUUGUCAGUAUGUCCUAGAGCCAGCACUUUUGAAGCAAGUCUUACUGUUCUACUUAUGUAGAGUUAAAGGAGUUCUUGGGAAAGUUA